UCCACGUUUCACCUUGGGCAGACUUUUAAUACGAAUUUCAUUGCUUCAGUCCCCUCAGUCCCACCGUGAUCUCCAUCUUCUCUCGAUUUUUUCUUAACCCUCUCAUCCGACUUUUUCAAAGCUGCUGAGCUGUAAAAAGAGCUGUCGUUUCCGUGUUUGAAUAAUCGGGUGAAUCUCCGACGAGCUGGUGGGACUGGUUUUUUCUCUUUCCUUCCAGAGUUUGUGGGUCGAGAAGAAGGCGGCUGGCUCGCUCCCGGACUUUCCUUCUCUCCUCCCUCUGUGCCUCAGCCUAUAAAGCUGGGCGGGCAACCAUACCAGUUCAAACUCGCUCAGGUUAGUUAGGGGCUAAGGAAGAAAAAGGGAAGGGGGGAGGGGAAACCCCGCGCACGGUCUCAUUUUGUGCUUUGAGCUUGCGAAGUAGUGUAAUGUGAUAGGAAGGCGGAAACGCUAGAAAUGCUCGGAGGGAGUCCCAUUUGAAUAUUAUCAGCAGGGAGAAGGGGGAGUAGAGCCAGAGGAGAGGACCUAGCAGAGGCGAACUUUUGCUUCCCGAUGGUGUUCAUGACUGAUCUUCAGCCUGACGGGGACGAACUAAAGCCCAUCAGAGUGGCCAGUAAAAAGGAAAAAGCGGCUUUAAUCCAUUCAGAAAAUGAAAAGGGAACAGAAGAAAAGAAGAAAUCGGGAAAACCAAGUUUUUUGGUGCCACAAAUAUCAUUUAAUGAAGCUGAUUAUUUUGAAGACCAGAAAAAAGCUGCAAUUUCACGGUCAAAGACAAUUGUGGAUAAUAGUUUCUUGAUGUUAGAUGGCAAGAAUGACUCAAAGGCUGAAAGGAAGAAGCAUACUUCAAACCAGUUUAAGGCAAAUGCUCAUUUUCACAAGCUGUUUCUGGAUGUCCCAAUUGAUGAACCCUUGAGACAAAAUUUCACCUGUGCCUUACAGAAAGAAAUUAUGUACCAAGGGAAGCUAUAUGUAUCAGAGAACUGGAUUUGCUUCCAUUCCAAAGUCUUUGGCAAAGAUAUCAAGAUUACUAUACCUGUGUUAUCUGUAACACUAAUAAAGAAGACUAAAACUGCCAUUUUAGUGCCAAAUGCUCUCAUUAUAGCUACAGUCUCAGAUAGGUACAUGUUCGUCUCUUUUCUGUCCAGAGACACUGUUUACAAACUGUUAAAAUCUGUUUGCAGUCAUCUAGAGGAUGCGAGUGUUGGCAACAGUCCUAAUCCUUCUCCCCUAGAAAGUAGUUUCAGAGCUGAUCGUCCUACAACAUUACCUCUGGAUUUCAGUCAUGAUUUCUCUGAACUGGAUGGCAUCAUACAGAGACGUAGACAGGAGAUGGAAGAAUCCAGCAGCACUGGUUCUCAAAGCCCAGAAUUGGAACACUUUCAAGAUUACCAUGAGACUGAUAAGCAGUCUCAUUUCAAAAGUUCCAAGACAGACAUGAAAGAUGUACAGUCCAAAUGUAGAUGUGAUGAUCAAAUUAGGAACGUUUCAAGAAACAUUUCUUCAGGAAUCCUCGGAUCUUUCGACAGAAUGAAUUUUCAAUUAUUUUUGUCGGUGACUCACAUACUCAUUGUUUAUGCUAUUCUUGUUUUUAUCCUCAUUUGUUCCACAUUCUAUAUGCGAUAUAAAGUUCAUCGUUUGGAAGAGCAACUUGUAUCCAUGGCUUCUACUGUGAAUCCACAUAUGAAUGAAUUUCCAUUACAAGGUGGCUUGGGAUAUCACCAAAAAUUUAAUGUUGACGGUCUAUAUGCCGAGCUAACAGCUAAUCUUAUUAAACUGGAAAAGAUACAAAGCAAUUUACAGAAGCUACUUGAAGACAAUAAGUGAACUGCCGAUUGCCUUUUGAUUACUUCAUUCGCACAUUUUUUCUCCAGAUAAGCAACUCUGAAGAUAAUAUCAGGCUUAGCCAAUCAAGUUAUGUGUACUUGAGCUCAGUUCAAAUUCACAACUCUUGGGCAACUUAUUUUCUCAGAGGACAAUCCAUUUCUUUGUCUACACUGUAUAGGAUGAAUAACUGAGAGGAUCCAUCUCAGGCCUUAUUAUUAUGAUCCUGACUGGCUCAGGUUUGACUCAGCCUCCUUCUGAGCCUAGUAAAAUGCAGACCCAGAUUGUUGCGGCCAAUAUGCUGAAUGUGUAAAGCGCUUAGAGAGAACAGUAAAGCACUGUGAAGAGGUAUAUAUGUCUAAGUGCUAUUGCUGUUAUAUUACUUAAACUUACCAUAAAUCCAUUCUGUUGUACUGUAUUUUAAGCAACCAAUAUGAGCAUAUACAAUUUGCUGUGCAACUAAGUCUGGAAAAGUUUAUAGCUUGUAUAUGCUUAUAUCUUGAACAUUCUAGUUUCCUCCUUUUUUUCCCCUACCUAAGAAGGAAAGUCUGAACAUAUCCAGAAUGGCAUUAGCUGGACUCUAUAAAUUUAAUUUUGUGAAUACGUUAGCCUUCUGAUUUGAUCAAGUUCUUUCUGGCACCUUCCUACAGAGUUGCCAAAUAGAAUCUGUGCUGUUUGCUCAGCUGCAAUUAAAUAUAUGUUCCUGUUUUACACAGGAUCAUGAAUGCACACAUGCUGUAUACCUAUAUCCACUAAAGCCUUCAUUGGUAAAGUUUUCUAUCAUGCCCAGGUACAAGUAAAGCACAUCAGAGGACUUUUACAAUCAAAGUUUAACAAUCCUAAUUCCAUAGAGUUGGCUCAGACCAAGUUAGUAACACGUUGGGUUAGUUGAAAUUUGUGUCUAUAUGUGUGUGUGUGUUUCAGUGAUUGUUGACUCCUGUCAACAGCCUGGUGUGUCCCUGCAGUUUUGUUGGCAAAGAUUCUGAAGUGGUUUGGUUUACCGCCUUCCUAGGAGAGAUCGUUUCAUGGUCUCCCAUCUUCCAGCUGGCUUUGUGCCUAAGGUGGGACUAGAACUCAUAGUCUCCUGGCUUCUAGCCCAGUGCCUUAACAACUAUACCGAGCUGCCUAUCUUUAGACCUUAAUUUGACAUUAUUUUAGAAUUACAUUGGUCUUAGUGAGUCACUAAUACAGUCAUUUGUAUAAGUGAUAGCCCUAAUUUCUACUUGAGUUUAAAUAUGUCGACAAUAUUAAGCCCAAUAAAUGGGUCAAUUUAGGUGGCCUGAAAUCUGUGCAUUCGUAUCCAAUUACGCAAUUGAUAUGUCCAAUAAGUCCAAUAAACCUAAACCUUUUAGAUAAAACAGCAUAGUCAUCUAUAAAACUAAAGUGAAGUUCAGAUACUAAUAUAGACAUCAUUAUAGGAGUCUAUAUUAUUCCAACCAAACCAAUUGAUAAACUUGUACAUUUGACAUACUUUAAAUUAGUUAUAAGCCAAGGUUUUGUGGCUUUUUACUUUAUUUUUCCUUUUAUUUUUUAUAUACUGUAUAUCUUACUGUAUUGGGGUAUUGCAAUCGAUCUUAUUUGUAUUAGAAUUUUCAUUUCAUUCAUUCUUAUGGAAAGAUGGCUAAUCCAUGAGUUCAGCAUCUCAAAACAAGUGAUGAAAUAAUGUGCAAUAUUAGUCCGUAGCAUUUUAAUUUAAAGCCAUAAUUUUUCCAUUAGAAAAUCCUUAACUUCUGCUAUAUACAUAGUCCUCGAUUUAUGACCACAAUUGAGCCCAAGAUUUAUGUUGCUAAGCAAGACAUUUGUUAAGUGUGUUUGG